AUGGAUGCUAUCCCUCUAGAACUCGUGACCGAAAUUGCCCGCAAUCUAGACACUACCUCAGACAUAAGCCACUUGCGGCAAGUGAGCCGAGCUUUCGCAUACGCCGCAUCUCCUGUCCUGUUCCAUCGUGUUCAAGUCAUGAACACAGUGGAAUGUUUGAACCAAUGUUACGAAUUUCAGAAGCGAUCCCCAGCCUCAGCGUCUUUCGUCAGGCAUUUAACCCUUCAUCAUGCCAUCUGGCCACAGCUCAGAUCUCUUGAUGAAUGGAGCACUCAUCCACAGACUCUCAGUCCUAUGCAUGUAUCUGAGCACGAAAAGAUGCAUGCUUACUUCGCCUACAGGCAGUUCAUUGAUCAAGAGGCCAGCCGCACCUUUGAUACCGACGUCUGCAGUCUAACCAGGAUAUUGAGCAUGUUUCCAAAGUUGACAAGCUUGACUUUGUCUCACAUACAUGCAUGGCGAUGGGGCAAACUUAGGAAUGACCACUAUGAAGAACUUCGUACACAGAUACGGAUAGUCCCCUUCUUCAAAGCGAGAGUCGAAGAUCUUGCAUACCGGCUGCUGUCAGUUCUCCCCAACUUUCCUCAGAUCACUGGGCUAGACAUCCCGAGCACCCUAGACAUGAAAGAUGGCGAAUGGAGAGUAACAAAUGAAAAUAUCGUAUCUCUUGACGUCAGUAAUUUAGUGGUACGCGGCUAUGAGCACCAUCAGGUACAGAGCUUUCUCCAGUCGUUUCCGAAUCUUCAUGAGCUUGUUCUGGGUACAGAGUCUGGGGGGCAUAUCAGCGAGCAAAGGAUAGCUCUGGGAUCUCUACAAUGGCAACACAUUCGGCGGGUUCAUUUUCGCCAUCUCUGGACAACAGAAAAUGACUUGAUAAGUUUCGUUGAACGACAUCAGCUUCAGCAACUUGUGUUGCGCAAUGUCACUCUUUUCAGUGGCUCAUGGGAAUCGUUCUUCUGUCGAAUAUCUACUCUGUCUGGACGACCACUCCAAUCAGCAGUCUGUAUUAAGCCUAGUGGUGUUCAAAUUCCACUUGAUGAAGCAGCCACGUCUUAUUCACACUGGCCGAGCAGUCGUGCUUGCUCAUUAAAACCGAGAGUUUAUAUCUUGUUUGGCUUAGGAAAAGCUCGCAGUUAUACGUCGGCUUCACGUCAAAAUUACCGCAACUUUUACAUUUCAUCAGAAAAAGAAUGA